AUGGCUCCCACUACAGACAGCUCAGGACCUUUCAAGAACAUCGCUCUCCUCGGCGCCGGUGGUUCGAACAUCGGCUCCUACAUCGCUCAAGCACUGUCCAAAGGUCUCGCCUUCACUACCACCAUCAUUGCCUGGAAGUCCUCCAAAUCAACUUACCCCCUCAACACCACGGUCAUCCGCAUCAACGACGAUCUACCACACGCAGAGCUCGUCGCAGCUCUACGAGCUCAAGACGUCCUAAUCUCCGCCGUCGGCCACGAUGCGAAGAAGAUCGACUACCGGCUCGUCAACGCCGCUUUAGAAGCAGGCGUGAAGAGGAGACAAGUCGGCGGAGGUCCAGUUGGUGCAGGUGGGAUUUCUGCUGCCGGAGUAUGGGGCGGGUCUCGUGAGGGCGGGGAUGAACGUUGUGGAUGGGGUUCUUGGGCUGCCCAAGGUUAG